AUGAAUAAAUAAUUCAUCAUAUUUUCAUUGUUGCUUGCCUUAGCAACAAGUCAAUAAUUUAGUAUAACAUCAUGCACAUGUGCAUAAUUGUUAUCAGAAGGAGAUUGCAUCAAAAAUAUAAAUCUUGGAUGUUCAUGGGAUAAUACAAAAAAAUCCUGUGCAGUUUCAACAACCCCUGUUGCUCCAACUACUACCUACAUUGCAUAUUGUGAUGCUUUCGCUGAAACUGAUUGCCCAAAAGCUAAACCUUGUACAGAUUGUGGUGCUUAUUCCGCAUGUGCUUGGACUGAAAAUAAAUGUACAUUCUUUACAGGAUGCACAGCUUUUGCAAAAACAACAGAUCCUGAAUGUUAAGCAAUAAGUAAUAGAUGUAUUACAGAUGGAACUCAUUGUGUUGAACUUGAUGCUUGUAGCACAUACAAGAAACAACUUCCUUGUGUCAAAAAUGCCGCAGGAAGCUUGUGCUAUUGGGAUACUACAAAUAAUACUUGUGUAGAUGCUAAUAAUUGUGAUAGAUUACCAAUUACAUUUGUUACAGAUAAAGAAUGCAGAGAUAAGUUACCAAAUUGUACAACAAAGACUGGAGGUGGAUGUGUUGAUAGUGGAAAUAAUUGUAGUGAUUAAACAUUAGAAAUUUAAUGUGUUUGGAAUAAAUUAGGAACAACAGCAUGUUAUUGGGAUGGAGCAGCCUGCAAAGAUAGAAUUUGUGACAAUGCACCAACAACAUUAACAACUGAUGAAACUUGUAAAACUUUUAGAACGGAUUCAACAUGCACAACAAAACCUAACGGAGGAUGUGUUACGAGAACUACUUGUGCAGCUGCAACUAUCUAAGCUGCCUGUAUUAAGAAUAGUUCAGGCGGUGAUUGCUAUUGGACUGGAACUGCAUGUGUUGAUAAGACAUGUACAAAUGCACCAACCACAAUGACAACUAAUUCAGCUUGUGCUGGAUUUGUAACAGGAUGUAUCACUAAAUCAGGUGGAGGAUGUGUUGCCAAUGGAGCUUGUUCAGUAGCCAAUCUUCCAGCAGCUUGUGUUAAGAACUCUUCUGGAACUGAUUGCAUAUUUGAUGGAACUUGUAAAGAAAAGACUUGUGCCAAUUCACCAACAACUAAUAAUACACAUGAAUUGUGUACAUCAUACUUAGCAACUUGUACAGUUAAAUCAGGAGGAGGAUGCUAAAAUAGGAGUUGCUCAAAUGCUCCUAUAACUACAAUAACAAACGAUGCUUGCGAAGCAUACUAUCCAGCCAACAACUGUAUAACAAAGACUGGAGGAGGUUGUGUAACAAAUACUACAUGUGCUGCAAUAACAUUGGAAGUUGCUUGUGUAAAGAAUUCUAGUGGUUAAACUUGUGUGUGGGAUGUUGCUAGUUCAAGCUGUAAAGAUAAAAUAUGUAUAAAUGCUCCAUUGACUAAAACUACUCAUGAACUCUGCCAAGAUUUCUUAAAUACUUGUACAGUUAAUUCAGCAGGAGCUGGGUGUGUUGAGAAGACAUGUGAAAAUUCUUUAGUUCUCGCUAUUUGUGAUAAGGAUAAAAAUAAUAAAGCAUGUAUUUGGAAAGGAAAAUGCUAUAAGAAAUAAUGUGUACUAGCUUCAUCAGCUACAACCUCUCAUACUGAUUGUUAAACUUAUCACUCAAGUUGUACAUUAAGUAAUACUGGCUCAGGAUGCGUUCCACUUCCACUCAAAUGUGAAGCCAUUAUAAUUGAAGCUGCUUGUUAAAUUAAAGCUAAUGGUUCACUAUGUGGAUGGACUGGCUCUUAAUGUAUUGAUAAAGCCUGUUCAACUGCUUCUAAGACCUUCACUACUACUUCAUAAUGCUAAGGACACAUAUCGACUUGUGUCGCGAAUAAUCCUGUUACUAUUAAUGGUUCUUUGACAAUAUAAGGAUGCUAAGAUUUACCAACUACUUGCGGAAAUAGAAAAUCAAUAGAAAAUUGUGAAAUUUCAAGAAGUGGAUUCCCAACAUGUCUUUGGGUUUCAUCAACCACAACUUGCGUCGAAAAAUCUUGUUCAACUGCUAGCACUGUAGGAACUAAUGGUGUUUUAACAAUAGUUAAUUUCACAAAUUGCUAAAAUUAUUUGUCAGUAUGCACAGCAACAAAUGCCUCAGGUUCUUGUACUGCAACUUCAAAACCUUGUAUUUCAAAUAAUAAUUCUGAUGGAUGCAUAACUAAGCCUUCUAGUUGUUCAGGAUUAGUUUAAUAAAAUUGUAAGGAAGGAUCAAAAUCAAGUGGGGAUUGUUAUUGGAAUGGUUCUAAUUGUGUUGAUAAAACCUGUUCAAAUAUUAUAUAAACUUCACACACUAACUGCAUUGGUAUAUUUGAUUAAUGCACAGUAAAUAAUGGAGGGACAGCUUGUUAAGCAUUAGCAACUGCUUGCACAGCUUACACAACUUAAGAAAAUUGUAAAAAAACAUCAACAAAUAAGAAUUGUAUUUGGACUGGAUUAGCAUGUAGAAGUGCAACUUGUGCAGAUGCUCCAGAUACAACAUCGUUUGAUUCUGAUACAGAAUGCCUAGGUUAUCCAACACCAAGUGAAACCUGUACAGUAGUUUACAAAGUUGGAGCAUCAGGAUGUGUACCUAAAUCAACAAAUUGUACAGAUUAUAUGACAUAAGCCUAAUGUCAUAAAACCAUAUCAAAUUUAACAGCUACUGAUGAUUGUAAAUGGAUUGUAGAUAAAUGUUAUGCUUUAUCUACAUUUGCUACCGGUUCUUGUACUACUUUUAAGGGUACUUAAUAAAUGUGUUAAGGUUAUAGAGCAGGAUGUACAAAUGUUGUUGGAGCUACAUCAUCAACAUCUUGUACACUAGAUUGUACUUUGAAAACUGGAUCAAAUUUAAGUUUCUAAGAUUGUUAGGCACUUGAUACUACAUGCUCUGUCAAAAAGGAUGGCACUGGUUGUUUAGUAAUAUCAUCUAAUUGUGCUGGUUAUACGUAACAGAGUAAUUGCUUUAGAGCGGGUUCUGGAUUAUGCGGAUGGAAUAGUUCAGCUUGCUUAUCUAUUACUACUGCUAAUGAAUGUGUUCAUGUGUCAGGAUUCACUGGAUUAGAUCAUGCAAAGUGUUAAGGAUAUAAUCUUUUAUGUACAUCUUUAUUAGAUGGCACAGGAUGUUAAGAGUACAAGACGAAAUGUUCAGACUAUACUGCGUUAAAUACUUGUGGCACAUCUUCUUAAGGAAAAUGUUAUCUAGAUGGUUCCGAUUGCGUUCGUUUUUCUAAUUGCGCUUCAAUUGUUGGAACUGGAUUAACUGAUGCAAACUGUGAUGACUUUGAUGUGUCUUGUGUGGCAAAUGCUAACAAAACUGCAUGCUAAGAAAAGAUGUCAACAUGUAGUCUCUAUUUAACACAGAAUUCCUGUACUACUUCAGCAGCUUCAGGAACAGCUGCUAAGUGUGCAUGGAGUGGUACGGCUUGCAAUGCUGUCGCUACUACUUCAACUGAUUGUGCAUAUGUUACAGGAACAGGACUUACUGAUGCAAUCUGUAUUACUUAUAAUGUUGGAUGUACAGCUAAUAAAGCUGGAACUGCAUGUCAAGAAAAAAAAGCUACUUGUUCUGCAUAUAUUGCAUCAACAGCAUGUUCAACUUCAUCAGCUUCAGGAACUGCUGCUAAUUGUGUUUGGGGAGGUGCAACACCUGCUUGUUAAACAGUCACAACAAUUGCUACUGAAUGUGCAUAUGUUACAGGAACAGGACUUACUGAUGCAAUAUGUGGUAAUUAUAAUGUUGGAUGUACAGCUAAUAAAGCUGGAACUGCAUGUCAAGAAAAAAAAGCUACUUGUUCUGCAUAUACUGUAUCAACAGCAUGUUCAACUUCAUCAGCUUCAGGAACUGCUGCUAAUUGUGUUUGGAAUGGAACUGCUUGCUUGAGUGUAGGAGUACCAAAUUAUAGUGUUUAAUGUGCAUAUGUUACAGGAACAGGACUUACUGAUGCAAUAUGUAUUACUUAUAAUGUUGGAUGUACAGCUAAUAAAGCUGGAACUGCAUGUCAAGAAAAAAAAACUACUUGUGCUUCAUAUUCUACUGAUGCAACUUGUACAACUUCAUCAGCUUCAGGAACUGCUGCUAUCUGUGUUUGGGGAGGUGCAACACCUGCUUGUUUAACAGUCACAACAAUUGCUACUGAAUGUGCAUAUGUUACAGGAACAGGACUAACAAAUGCAAUAUGUGGUAAUUAUAAUGUUGGAUGUACAGCUAAUAAAGCUGGAACUGCAUGUCAAGAAAAAAAAACUACUUGUGCUUCAUAUUCUACUGAUGCAACUUGUACAACUUCAUCAGCUUCAGGAACUGCUGCUAUCUGUGUUUGGGGAGGUGCAACACCUGCUUGUUUAACAGUCACAACAAUUGCUACUGAAUGUGCAUAUGUUACAGGAACAGGACUAACAAAUGCAAUAUGUGGUAAUUAUAAUGUUGGAUGUACAGCUAAUAAAGCUGGAACUGCAUGUCAAGAAAAAAAAACUACUUGUGCUUCAUAUUCUACUGAUGCAACUUGUACAACUUCAUCAGCUUCAGGAACUGCUGCUAUCUGUGUUUGGGGAGGUGCAACACCUGCUUGUUUAACAGUCACAACAAUUGCUACUGAAUGUGCAUAUGUUACAGGAACAGGACUAACAAAUGCAAUAUGUGGUAAUUAUAAUGUUGGAUGUACAGCUAAUAAAGCUGGAACUGCAUGUCAAGAAAAAAAAACUACUUGUGCUUCAUAUUCUACUGAUGCAACUUGUACAACUUCAUCAGCUUCAGGAACUGCUGCUAUCUGUGUUUGGGGAGGUGCAACACCUGCUUGUUUAACAGUCACAACAAUUGCUACUGAAUGUGCAUAUGUUACAGGAACAGGACUAACAAAUGCAAUAUGUGGUAAUUAUAAUGUUGGAUGUACAGCUAAUAAAGCUGGAACUGCAUGUCAAGAAAAAAAAACUACUUGUGCUUCAUAUUCUACUGAUGCAACUUGUACAACUUCAUCAGCUUCAGGAACUGCUGCUAUCUGUGUUUGGGGAGGUGCAACACCUGCUUGUUUAACAGUCACAACAAUUGCUACUGAAUGUGCAUAUGUUACAGGAACAGGACUAACAAAUGCAAUAUGUGGUAAUUAUAAUGUUGGAUGUACAGCUAAUAAAGCUGGAACUGCAUGUCAAGAAAAAAAAACUACUUGUGCUUCAUAUUCUACUGAUGCAACUUGUACAACUUCAUCAGCUUCAGGAACUGCUGCUAUCUGUGUUUGGGGAGGUGCAACACCUGCUUGUUUAACAGUAACAACAAUUGCUACUGAAUGUGCAUAUGUUACAGGAACAGGACUUACUGAUGCAAUAUGUAUUACUUAUAAUGUUGGAUGUACAGCUAAUAAAGCUGGAACUGCAUGUCAAGAAAAAAAAACUGCUUGUUCUUAAUAUUCUACCGAUGCAACUUGUACAACUUCAUCAGCUUCAGGAACUGCAGCUAAAUGUGUUUGGGGUGGAGCUACGCCUGCUUGCCUUCCAGUUACAACAGUUGCUACGCAAUGUGCAUAUGUUACAGGAACAGGACUUACUGAUGCAAUCUGUAUUACUUAUAAUGUUGGAUGUAUAGCUAAUAAAGCUGGAACUGCUUGUCAAGAAAAAAAAGCUACUUGCACUACAUACGGAAUAGUAGAAACAACUUGCACUUCCUCCCUAGACUCUGGAACUGCUGCUAAAUGUGUAUGGAAUGGAUCAACAUGUAUUAAUGUUGGGCUAUCAGUUCUUUCAACUGAUUGUGCAUAUGUGACAGGAACAGGACUAACAAAUGCAAUAUGUGGUAAUUAUAAUGUUGGAUGUACAGCUAAUAAAGCUGGAACUGCAUGUCAAGAAAAAAAAACUACUUGUGCUUCAUAUUCUACUGAUGCAACUUGUACAACUUCAUCUGCUUCAGGAACUGCUGCUAUCUGUGUUUGGGGAGGUUCAACACCUGCUUGUUUAACAGUCACAACAAUUGCUACUGAAUGUGCAUAUGUGACAGGAACAGGACUAACAGAUGCAAUAUGUGGUAAUUAUAAUGUUGGAUGUACAGCUAAUAAAGCUGGAACUGCAUGUCAAGAAAAAAAGGCUACUUGUUCAGCAUAUACUGUAUCAACAGCAUGUUCAACUUCAUCAGCUUCAGGAACUGCUGCUAAAUGUGUUUGGGGUGGAGCUACGCCUGCUUGCCUUGCAGUUACAACAAUUGCUACACAUUGUGCAUAUAUUACAGGAAUAGGACUAACUGAUGCAAUUUGUGCUACUUAUAAUACUGGAUGUGGUGCUGUAAAAGAUGGUACUGGUUGUUAGGAGGUCAAAAGCAAUUGCAAAGAUUAUACAACAUAAAAUUAAUGCUCAUAUUAAACUACUGGUAGCCUUGCAUGUCUUUGGAUUGAUAACUCUUGCUAUCCCAUUACUGAUAAAAAUUGUGCUGUAAUAACAGGAACUGGUCUUGAUCAUGCUAAAUGUCAAGCUUAUAGCACAGGAUGUACAUCUGUUUCUGGCGGAACUUCUUGUUAAGACUUCAAAACUACAUGUGAAUAAUAUCCAGGCACUGCUGCUGCUUGUACUAAAACUGCCACAACUCCAAAAUGUUAUUUAUUCAGCUCUACUUGUAUCACAAUUUCAAACGUAGCAACUGAUUGUCUUAAAAUAACUGGAUCUGCUGGAUCUAUAACUUAUGAAAUUUGCUAAUCAUAUAAUACAGGAUGCAGUGUAAAUAGAGCAAAGAGUGCAUGUGUCUAAUAAUAAGCCAUAUGUUCUGGAUACACUAGUCAAAUGAAUAGUUGUUAUAGAUCAACAGCUGGGUUAUGUAUUGCAAGCACAAAUACUGAUACUGCUUGUGUGGCUGCCUCAACAGCUACAACUUGUGAGAAUGUAUUUCUAGGAUCUAGUAAUUACAGUAGUGCAAAUUGUAAUGAAAUGAAAACUGGAUGUACUGUUAAUGGAACAACUGCAUGUGCAACAAAAACAUGCUUAAACGCAAUUGCUCCUUUUAAUCAUACAAACUGUAAAGAUUGGCUCAAUACAUGCACUGUAAAUGCUGGAAACAGUGCAUGUAUUACUAUGGCAUCUAAAUGUUCAGAUUAAUCUUCUACUUCAUGUCUUUAUUCAGUUGAAGGAGAGUGUGUGUAAGUUGGGGCAACAUGUGUAAGAAAGACUUGUGAUACAGCUGCGACAGAUAAUACUCGAGAUGAUGAUGUUGAAUGUUCAGCUUAUUUAUAAUCUUGUACUGUAGCUAGAACAGGAGCAUGCCAAGCGAGAACUGCCUGUGCAUUAUAUAAAUCAUAACUUUAAUGUAAAUUUAAUACAACUGGUGGUACAUGUUUCUGGAAUCCAAAUAAUAAGACUUGUGUAGAUUUGAAUUGUGGUAAUAUUGAAACCACAACUUCAUUUGAUACUGAUGCUGAAUGCGCUGCUGUUGAUCCGAGUUGCACAGUCAGAGCUACAAAUAAUCUUGCCGCCCCUGGAUGUAUGGCUCGAGGACCAUGCAAUUCAUAUACUAUUGAAGAAUAAUGUAAAACAAACGCUAGUAGCGGUGUUUGUGUUUGGAACACAAAUGCCAAUUUACCUGCACCUGCUUGCCAAGAUAAAUCUUGUACUAGUGCUCCUACUACUACCACAACUCAUAGUGAUUGUUAUGCUUACUAUAAUACUGCAACAAUAAAAUGCACAGUAGUUGCCACUCCAAGCACUAGUGGUGGUAAUCCAACUUUAGGAGGUUGUUAAUAAACAGCUGCUUGCUCAACUUAUAUUGAUAAAGAAUAAUGUUAAAUUAAUGCUAAUGGAGAUCCAUGUGGAUGGAAUGGAACAUAAUGUGCUGACAAAGCUUGUGCCACUGCACCUGCCACUGCAGAUUAUGACGAUGAUACAAAAUGCAGGGCUUAUAUAACUAAUAAAUGUACAGUUUCAGAUUCUGGAUAAGGAUGUGUAGAUAUCCCAGCAACAUGUGAAACAAUGACUCAGAAAUAAUGUUAUUAUAAUAAGGCUGGUGAUCCAUGCUAUUGGAAUGGAACAGCUUGUAUUACUAGAACUUGUGAAAAUGCUCCAGAAGCAACAGCUACUGCUGAUGAGUGCAAUACAUAUUUACCUGGAUGCACUUUAGAUACAGUAAAAUGCAAAACAAAAGUUUGCGAAGAUUUUGCUUUUGCCACUGAUGCUUUAUGUAAAUAAGCAUUAAGUACAUGUACAACAAAUGGAACAUAUUGUGUAACAAGAGGAACAUGCUACUAAGCUCUAAGCCAAGCAGGAUGUAUCAUGUCUUCAACUGAUCAAUAUUGUGAAUGGAUACCAGCUGUUAUGAACUCAUAAAAUCAAAUAACUUCACCUGCAUAUUGUACCAUUAAAAAUUGCAGUACUGCUCCAAUUACAUUAACUUCUGAAGCCGCCUGUGCAGGUUAUUUCACAAAUUGCACCACAAAGAAUGGAGGCGGAUGCGUUACUAAGUCUACAUGUUCAGCUGUCACUAUUGAUGUUGCUUGUACAACUGCUCUUAAUGGAACUAUUUGUGCUUGGGAUAGUGCAUAAAAUAAAUGUAGAGACAAAGAUUGUUAAGAUUUUAGUGGAACUACUCAUGCUGCAUGUUAAGGUUAAAGAGCUGGAUGUACUGCUGGAGCAAAUGGAAAAUGUGCUAGAGUUUAAAAUUGUGAAUAAACUACAUUGAGAAGUGCAUGUAUUGAAGGAACAAAUGGACCAUGUCUUUGGAUUAAUGAUUAUAUUAAUACUGAUGGAUCUACAGGAGCUUGCUUUAGAUAUACUUCAUGUAAGAGUUUGACUUGGAAUUCUGAUACUUAAUGUAAAUGGAUAAGUAAAUAAUGUACAACUAAUGGAUCUAAUUGUAUUGGUAUUACUUAAUGUUCUGAAACUAAUACUGAUGGUGGAUGUGUUACAGGAUAUGAUGGAGCUUGUAUACAAUCAGUACCAGCCUUGAACUCUUCAGACCCAAAGGUUUGUAAACCAUAUACAUCUUGUGCUGAUGCUUUCUAUACAACUCAUUCUGAUUGUCAAAUUGCUAGUAAAAAGUGUACAACAAAUGGACUAACUGGUUGCAUUGCUUUAGGUUAAUGCUCAUCUUAUACUUCAUAAGCAGGAUGUGUUUUCAAUGAUAAGGGAACUGUAUUAACAUCUGGAGUCAUCACUUCAACUGGUAUUUGUACAUGGGAUGCAACAGCUAGUAGUUGCAGAGAUUAAUCAUGUGCUGAUUUGACUGGAACAAAUCAUUCAGCAUGUUCUUCAUAAUUAUCAACAUGUACAUCUGAUGGAACAACUUGUUUACUCAAAGGAGCAUGUUCAUCAUACACAACUUAAACUGCUUGUACAACUGCUAUUGGAUCUGAUGGUAAUUGUUAUUGGGAACUUGCCUCUGCUACAAAUAAUAACACUGCUAAAUGUAGAUUAUUAACUUGCUCUGAUAUUCAAAAUGGUACAGCAACCAAUGUUUGUUCAGUAGCUUUGUCAUCAUGUAUUUCAAAUGGAACUGCUUGUAUUCCUAAAGCUAAUUGCUCAACUUAUAAAAAUAAAAUAUCAUGCAACUCAGGUGGAUUAGACGGAAUAUGUGUCUUCACUUUGUCAACUGCAACUGGAGCUGCUGCUGACUCUGGAUCAUGUGCUUUAAUGACAGCAUGCACCACUGCUAAUAAUGAUUAAACAGCUUGUUAAUAAGCUAGAGAUAGAUGUUCAUGGACUCCAGCAUCAGGAACUGGUACAACUGCUGUUACUAGUAAAUGUGUCUCUCAUACAUGCGCUACAAAUUAAGCCACAAAUGGAGUUUGUACAAGAUUCUUGAAUUGGGAUAAAAAGACUUAAUAAGUUUGUACUCUUGUUAGUGGAACAUGCACAGCCACAGAUCCAUCAACUUUAUCAUCAAAUGAUUGCUUCUUGAUUUCUGGAUAUACAUAUACAUGGAAUGCAUCAACAAGCAAAUGUGGAGUUUGCACUGCACCUGUUGUUUAACCAAAUAAUACAGAUAAUAAUACAAACAAUACAAAUAAUUAAACAACAACUGAUUCAGGAUACAUUCUUGGAUUAUCAACAAUCAUCUUUGGAUAUCUCAUGUUAUGAUGAGAAUGAUUUUAUAAAUUUAUAUAG